AUGGCAGGUACCCGCGGUUCCACUCAGGGAAGAACAAGCAAUGUACCUGAUGAACUUAUUACUACUGUCGGGGGGUUGGCCACUUUUGUCCAGAACAUUAGCCAAGAAUGGAGAGAAUAUCGGCAACAGAACCCGAACCAACCCCAAAUCCCCGACAAUGCUGAGGAAAUUGCUCGACGGAGGUUGAAAGACUUCCGCAACUUCCAGCCACCUACAUUUGAAGGUGGAGAUGAUCCUGAAGCUGCAACAAGAUGGAUGCAGAUGAUCGAGCACAUAUUUGAGCGUAUGGGAUGUCCGGAAGCCCAGAAGACUGACUAUGCCUCAUACCAGCUGAUUGGGGAAGCUUUGACUUGGUGGACCGGUGCGAGGGCUUUGCUUCAAGCUCAAAAUGUUGACCUGACUUGGGCUGUGUUCAGACGAGUUUUCCUGGACAAGUAUUUUCCGAAGGCUAUGAGAAGAAUGAAGCUCACUGAACUGCUGUCACUAAAGCAGGAUAAUGUGACUGUCAAUGAAUAUGCUGCUAAGUUCGGACAACUUAUGGAAUAUGCCAACUUUGACCGGAACAUCUAUGACGAAGAGUGGCAAGUGGAAAAAUAUGAAAGUGGACUACAUCCAAAGAUCUGCAAGCUCAUCCUGACUUCUGCAAAUCACACACUUCCAGAAUUAAUCAAUCAGAGUCGGCAAAUGGAAGGCAUUAUCAAUGAAGUAAAGAAUUUGUCUAAACAGCCAGUGCAAUCACGAGAAGGAAGUAAAGGUGGUCGGUUAUUCAUAAUGAAUAGAGGCAAGGAUCCCCAGUUGCAACCACGGACUGGAAACUUCAAGAGGAAUAAUGCUCCUGGACAAUCUUCAGCCGGACAACAGGGUCCUACUACUUGUGUUACUUGUAGAAAGAAUCAUACUGGUGUCUGCCGGCGCGGGACGAAUGUGUGCUAUAGGUGUGGACAACUGGGACACUUCUUUUCCGACUGCCCACACAAUGCGAAUCGGCCUCCUACUCAAGCUCGGACGUUCACUCUUGAUGCCAGUAAAGCCCAGAAGUAUCCGGAUCGGAUCUGA